ACGGAGAGAGCAUUCCGUGCGAACGACUGGUCAGUUGGUUGUGUGACAUAAAGCAGGCGUACACUCAAUACGGAGGCAAACGACCGUUCGGUGUGUCCAUCCUUUACAUGGGUUGGGAUAAACACUACGGCUUCCAACUCUAUCAGUCGGACCCGAGUGGCAAUUACGGCGGCUGGAAGGCCACCUGCAUCGGCAACAACAGCGCCGCCGCCAUCUCUGUCCUCAAACAGGAGUACAAAGACGGCGAGACGAGCCUUAAGGACGCGUUGGCGCUCACCGUUAAAGUGUUGAGCAAAACACUGGACACCACUAAACUGACAGCCGAUAAAUUGGAGAUGUCAACCCUUACGCGAGAGAACAACAAAACCGUAAUCCGAGUCCUCCCGCAGAAAGAGGUGACGGCUUUGAUCGCCGCCUUCGAGAAGGAGGAACAGGAGAAGGCAGAGGCGGCCAAACGCGAGAAGGAGAGGGAAAAGGCCGUCAAGAGUUAGACGAAACCACUUCGACAUCAAUUGAUUUUCUAUUUUAUUAUUAUUAUCUCUCAAUAAAAAAAUACAUGAAAAUACAACUCAA